AUGAAUUCGUUAAUAGAAUUUUUAAGACAAAACUCCACAAUGAUACAAAUCGCCGUCGUCGCUGUGGCAACUGAGGCGAUAUGGAUCGGUGUCAGGUUUAGAAAGAAACCCAUUCCAGAGACGAAAUGUCGACUUGAUAAGAUUUUGAUUUUCAACGAACUGGGCGACAGUUGUGCCUUAUUUCACAAGAGAUAUAAGGCACCGGGCUCCGCAAGAAAGUGCCCUAACAAGUACUGCUCCGUGGCGCACAUGGACACAAUUGUGGAGCACAUUGACAAGGCAGUGUACUCCAUUGACAUAUCCAUAUAUACGUUCAGCUCGUUAACUAUCUCGGAAGCCUUCAAACGUGCUUUGCUCCGUGGGGUGACAUUACGGAUAAUCAGCGACAACGAAAUGGUCUCAUCGGCCGGAUCUCAGGUCAAGGUCUUGGCUGAUCUCGGGGUGCCCGUACUAGCAAUUGAAACAACGUACAUGAUGCACAACAAAUUCUGCAUAAUCGACGGCUUAGAGCGCGUGGAGGAGCUCAGACGCCAGAAGAACAGAAAGUUGGAGCAUACUCCUUGCAGCAUUGUAAUCACUGGAUCGAUUAAUUGGACCCGACAGGCAUUUCAUUUAAAUUGGGAGAACAUUUUCAUCACCGACGACGAGUAUGUGACAGCCCAGUACCAAAUGGAGUUCUCUCGCAUGUGGGAAUUUUGCGGAGAUCCUGCGAAAGUUCCCAUUUAUCAAUAUAGAAAGAGUUUUCUCCGCAUUAUCUUUGAUUGGAGUCUUUACUGGUUUCAACGUAUCUUUACAUGGAAACUAGACGAUGUUCAUCAUGAACAACUAAUUCUACGUGAUCCCAAAGCGUGUGAAGAAUAUCAAGCGCCUGGAGAAUAGAAGGGACAUUGGUUGCACGCGACUUGGAGCGUUUUCCGUGGUACAGGGAUUAUAGAUGAAACAACCUCUUUUUUGUUAUUAAAUACCAAAGAACUACUUUGUUAUUUUUUUUUUACAAGCCAUAAAAUACGUAUAAUGUGAGCUUUUCUCUUAUUUCGAACUUAGAAUGGUACAUAAAUCUUUAAAAGCUA